AUGAAUAAUACGGAUCCAACAUCGUUUCAGAGCAUAUUAGCUGGUGUAAAGAGACUGCGAGAGAAGGAAGGUGGUAAUGACGACGCUAAUAAACAGCAAGGUAGAGUUCAGCAACCUAGUGCACCUGUCAAUGAAGCCAAAACUGCCGUUUCUGCCGGGAGUGUGAUCAAUGCUUUUAACCAGAAGACUAUAGCGAGAGAUUAUAAAGGCAAGGAAGAAGGUGAGGCAAAAUUCUACCAAGGUAUCAAACCAGGCAAAACGGUAUUAGUUAAUACCACGCAGAAGGAGAAUCCAUUGCUAAAUCAUCUUAAAAAUAUCAACUGGCGAUACAUUUCGUCCUCAAAGGGUACGAAGAUUUACUAUGAUUACCUUAUAAACAGGCGAUCUGUUCUAUUUCUUACGUUGACUUACCACAAACUAUAUGCCGAUUAUAUUGGAAGGCGUAUACUGCCCUUGCAGAAAAACGGUGAUAAUAUACUGAUAUUUGUAGUGGAUGACACAAAUUCCGAAGAUAUUCUGAAAGAUAUUACCAAGCUGUGCAUGUUCAAUGGAUUCACGCUGCUGCUAGCUUUCAACUUUGAACAAGCCGCCAAAUAUAUCGAAUACAUGAAUAACUAA